CAACGGCAAAACUGAGAACGCAGUUUCUUUUAAUUGAUCAAUCAGUUAGCGCGUGUGAGGAAUUCAUUUGAGUUCUGUAAAAAUGACAAAAUGACAGCAAAACGUGAUAAGGAUUACACCAAAAAUAAAUCUACAGCGGGCCUCGGAUUCUCCGCCUCCAGCUCAACCAAUGGCAGUGGCAUCAAAUCCAUUGGACUGGUGAGCUCCUCACAAAAUGUAACCUCGUCGCAGGACAUAAGCAAACGUACGAAUAAACCACUCAUGGAGAAGCGUAGACGUGCCCGCAUCAAUCAGAGCCUGGCCAUAUUGAAGGCCCUCAUCUUGGAGUCGACAAAGCAUCAGAAUGCCAAGAACGGUGAAGGCCAAGCGAAGCAUACGAAAUUGGAGAAAGCGGACAUUUUGGAGCUUACAGUGCGUCAUUUUCAGCGGCAUCGCAAUCUGGAUGAUCCAACUGUGAAUAAAUAUCGUGCUGGUUACACGGAUUGUGCACGGGAAGUGGCACGUUAUUUGGCCACGCCGGAGCCACCGCCAAUGGGAAACAUGCCAACGUUGGCGGAACCAGGGUCGAAGGCCAGACUGCUGCGACACUUGGAUCAAUGCAUAGCAGAGAUUGAUGUGGAGAUUUGCCCGACAACUUCGGAGAGUCCAAACAGCAGCAGCACCUGCUUUGAUAUCAAGAAGCCACAGACACAGGCCGAAGAGCAUUCCUUGGAUUACAGCAGUCAGGACUCCAACCCCUUGGACUACAGCAAGGGACUGAAGCUGGGAGAGACCCCGAUUUUAGUGUGCAACGAUCAGCGCGUGUUGCAGUCGACAACUACACUUGCCACACAGGACGAGAACAACAAUCGAGGUCAACAACAGACGACGACGCAGGUGCAAGUGUUGAAUCAACCCGUGAUACAACAGACUCCUUCCAAUGGCGCCUCUAUUGGUUCCAUUGCCUCCAUUGGCUCCAUCGAAUUGAGCUACGAGCACGAGGCCAACAAGGUGGUGUGUGUCAAUGUGUUGGAGCAGUACAAGCAACAGCUGAAGGUCGAGGGUGGCGCCACCAAUGGUGUCUUGGUGUUGCCACCGCACUACGUGCAACUUGCGGCAGCAUUGGGCUUAAGUGCCCAGCCAAUGGUGGAUCCAAUUGCCACGCGCACGGACUUUGAGCGACUCAUUGAGUUGCAACGUCUGCAACCGCAUCUCGCUGGCAAAUUGAGUCCCAGUUUUGCGGGCAGCAUUGAGGCGGCGCAUGUGGCAGCCGCUGCAGCAGCUGCCUAUGCCAACAGUGUGGCAAACAACACAACGGUGGCAGCAAUGCUCACCGAGAGACCCGCCUCGGUGGCAUCCUCCUCGGCCGCCGCGUCGAUCAGUUCAGGUGUCUCCGAGCUCAAGUCGGCACCGGCAACGCAGCAAUCCUCGCCGCGAUCCGAAAGCGGCAUCGGUUCCAAUGAGAAUGAGACACUGGAUGCGAGUCCACAGACAAGCAGUGCCGCUAGACACGCGCUGCGGCUGCGACAGGAGGAGGAGUACCGGGCACAACAGGUUGUUGGCCAGCAGGGAUGCGAUGAGAGCAUGUGGCGGCCCUGGUAGAUCACAGCGGCCUUGUACAGUUCGUUGGUAUAGCUUUUAUGUACUAAGUAUAUAUAAUAUAUAUAUAUGGAUAUGUAUGUAUGUA